UGAGCGAGUUCUAAAUGGAUAUUCAUAUUUUUUGCAGUUUCUUCAGCAAGCGUAACACCCUCCUGUGUAUAAACUGUGACCAUUGAAAAUUUAGGUUUGUUUUUUUUCCCUUUUUUUCCUUAAUACUUGUUUCCUGAUUUGUUAUGUGGUAAUUGCCCAGAUUAACCAUUGCCUUAUUUCCUUUUUCAUUUUCAGAGUCCCUCAUUCAAGACGUCCGAGACCUCUUAAGAAGUGGUGCGGAACAACCUCUCCCCUCACACUGGAGGAACAGGCAAACUUCCUCUCUGGAGAAUUGGACAGUGAUGAGGCCCUUCAUGGUGAACAAUAUGUUGUCAUCUGAGACGCCCAAGGAGGGGGUUUGCCAUCAUUGUGAAAAAAAGGCUGCAGUAGUGAUGUGUAAGGACUGUUUACCACGAUCACUCUACUGCACAGCCUGUGACCUUUCCACACAUGAGGCCCUGGUGCUUCAUAACAGAGCAUCCAUGGUGGAGGGGUUCUUCAGACACCUGCCACCAUCCACUUUUGUUCAGCAGCAUGAGGGAGGGAAAUUCUCCUAUCAUGAAAAAGAUUGCAUGUUACCAAUCGUUCCUCCCUGCUGCGACUGCUCCACUGGGCAAACAAGCUUUUCCAAGGGAAAGCCAGUUAUUUUAAUUGGAAUGAAUGGAAGAUACAACUUCUUCCUUCCAUCAGUAAACUGCUCCUGUGGAAAAACCUUGCCAGUGACCAUAAGUGAUUUGGUUGAAAGUGGUUACUGGCCAGCCACUGUCAAUUUUGAGACCUUGUACAUGGUGGACUUGUUCACUACGUAUGAGGAUCUAAAAAUCACUGCCCCAGGGAUGUCGCGACAAGCUUUUGUCAGCAUGCUCGAGUGUCGAACAAAACUCUUCGGGCGAGUGAGUGGAUUCAUCAUUUAAGUUAUCUUGUUUGGAUCACCUUUUAAAUAACUGAUUCAUUGUUAGGCCUUGUUCUUAUAAUCCCCAAGCUUUCAGCACACAUUUCUUGACAGAGCCCAUCAUCAUGACCACGGUCUGAAGCCAACCUUCGACACAUUGUCAGUUGUGUACUAACUGCAGGGUAACAUACUGUUUUGUUUUGUUUUUUGCCAUAAUACCAUGAUUUACAGCUUAUUUUGUAAA